CACAAAACAAAACAUAUAUAGUUUCCAACAAAACAUAACCUGUUUAACAACGAACAAUGUCACAUAUGAAGUUUAAUCGCCAUGGUUCAUCUUCUAUUGCAAAAUCAAUAAUAUUUCACAAAACCAUUCAUCAAAAUCCCAAACCAAAGCACCCACAACACUUCCUCUCCCUUCUUCUCAACAACCCUUCACCUCAUUACCAUUUUCUCCAACAACUUCACUCUCAAAUCAUCACUUCUUCACUCUUCCACCAUUACCCUUUUCACAACAACCUUACUUCAUUACUCCUUUUCAACAACCUUAUACGUUCAUAUUCUCUCUCCCUUUUCCCUCAUGAAUCCCUUAAAUUCUUCACACACACUCUCAACAACCUCACACACUCUCUUUCACUUGAUUCAUUCACAUUGACCUUUUUAGCUCAUGCUUGUGCAAAUUUAGACACAACCCAUUUUGGUUUUCACCUUCAUUGUAUUGUUUGUAAAAUGGGUUUUGAAAAUCAUGUCUUUGUGCAAACUGGGUUGCUUCAUAUGUACUCAAAUUGGGGUUUUUUGGUUGAUGCAGCUCAGGUGUUCGGUGAAAUGCCUGAUAGAAAUACGGUUACUUGGAAUGUUUUUAUUAGUGGUUUGAUUAAAUGGGGUCAGCUUGAAUUCGCGAGGUCGGUUUUUGAUAGAAUGGUGGUUCGGAGUGUGGUGUCGUGGACUCUUGUGAUUGAUGGGUACACGAGGAUGAAUAAGCCUUUGAAAGCUUUGGCUUUGUUUAGGAAAAUGAUCGAGGUUGAUGGGAUAGAGCCUAAUGAGGUUACCCUUUUGACUGUUUUUCCUGCUAUUGCUCAUCUUGGGAAUGUUAAGAUGUGUGAGUCGGUUCAUGGAUAUGUGGAGAAGAGAGGGUUUAAUGCGGUUGAUAUACGGAUUGUGAAUGCGUUGAUUGAUUUGUAUGCUAAGUGUGGAUGUAUAGAGAGUGCGAGUGGAUUGUUUUCGGAGAUGCCUGACUGGAGGAGGAAUUCAGUGUCUUGGAAUUCGGUUAUGUCUGGUUAUGCUACAUUUGGGAUGGUGAGGGAGGCUGUGGAUACUUUUGAAAAAAUGGAAAAGGCUGGUGUGCGGCCGAAUCAUGUGGCAUUCCUCAGUAUUUUGAGUGCUUGUAGUCACAGUGGAUUGGUUGAGGAGGGGCUCGAAUUUUUUGGUAAAAUGGUGAAUGAUUAUGGACUUGUGCCGGAUAUCAAGCACUAUGGCUGUGUGAUAGAUAUGCUUGGGAGAGCAGGGAGGUUAGGAGAAGCUGAGAAGGUUGCUUUGGAGGUUCCCCAUGAGGCCGCGAAUGAUGUUAUUUGGAGGACGCUUCUUGGUGCUUGUAGCGUUCAUGACAAUGUUGAAAUUGGUAAGAGGGUGACCAAGAAGAUACUCGAGAUGGAGAAGGGACAUGGUGGUGAUUAUGUUCUAAUGUCCAAUAUUUUUGCUAGUGUUGGGAGAUUCAAAGAUGUUGAGAGGUUAAGGGAAAUGAUAGAUAAAAGAAAUGUCUUUAAACUUCCGGGCUACAGUAUAGUCUAAAUUUCAUGUGAUAUGUACAAUACAAUCAUAUAGGUGAUAACAUUUGAAACCGAUAGAUCAUUGUUCUGUCUUUCUUGCUUGGAGAGAGGUGGUAAUGAACAUAGCAGAAGUACCUUGUAAGGGUCACUAACCACUAGGCCAAACGUCUCUUGGCGGGUCAUUGCUCUUUUGCUUCAGAUAUUCUGAACUAGCUCAAGUCUUCAAAUUGAAUGUUCACGACCUAGUCAUUGUUCUUGUUGAUCUCAAUUCCCGUUUACCAUGACCAAGCUGCUAAUUUGUGGCAGAGCUGAGAAAUGUGUAAAUGGCUUCUUCUGGUUUUCAAGCUGAUGUAAAAGCUUUGCAGAAGGUUUUGUCCGCUAGGCAUUUGCAGACAUAUCAAAAUCAACACAACAAGCAAAUAAGCUGCCGUUGCAGUGGUCCAGUUGCUUUCAAAGACAUCAGGAUGCUGUUACUGCCCUAUAUGAUACAAAAGCAGAGAGAUAUAUGCACUGGAAGUCUUCCUUUUGACAUACCUAAUUGUCAUUUGAUAUUAAGAUAAACUUUUAACUUACCGUGAAUAAUGAAGAAAAGUAUGGGUGUGGAAUAUAGGAUGAAUGUGGUGCUAUCCCUUCUUUUUUGUGCAAUCCCUCUAAAGUUUUUGAGUUAUGAAGAAGUGAAAGUGAAGAUAAUCAAGCAACCUGGAGGCGUAUUUAGCUCAGGUGUUCGGUGAAAUGCCGGAGAGAAAUACGGUUAUGUCUGGUUAUUCUAUAUUUGGGAUGGUGAGGGAGGCUGUGGAUACUUUUGAAAAAUGGAAAAGGCUGGUGUGCGGCCAAAUCAGGUGGAAUUCCUCAGUAUUUUGAGUGCUUGUAGUCACCGUGGAUUGGUCGAGGAGGGGCUUGAGUUUUUCGGUAAAAUGGUGAAUGAUUAUGGACUUGUGGCGGAUGUCAAGCACCAUGAUUGUGUGAUAGAUAUGCUUGGGAGAGUAGGGAGGUUAGAAGAAGCUGAGAAGGUUGCUUUGCAGGUUCCCCGUGAAGUCGCGAAUGAUGUUAUUUGGCGGACGCUUCUUGGUGCUUGUAGCGUUCAUGACAAUGUUGAAGUAAUGAACAUAAAUGUAUCUUGUAAGGGUCACUCACCACCAUUUCAAAGAUCUAUUGGCAGGUCAUCGCUCUUUUGCAUCAGAUCUUCUGAACUAGCUCAAGUCAUCAAAUUGAAUGUUCACGACCUAGUUCUUCAUUGUUCUCGUUGAUCUCAAUUCCCGUUUACCACGACCAAGCAGCAAGCUAAUUUAUGGCAGAGCUGAGAAAUGUGUAAAUGGCUUCUUCUAGUUUUCAAGCUGAUGUAAAAGCUUUGCAGAAGGUUUUGUCCGCUACUGCAAACCUUUUCAAGACUGCUAAGCACGUGAGAAACUUAUUCCAUCUAACUAUCUUUAAUUUCCUGGUAUCUAUUGUGUCUGGAAGUUUCUCUUUGUUGGUUACUAGAUAGUAGGACCUGUUAUCACCUCAAUACAGGCCGGUAUUUAACACUAAUAGAGUAAUAGUAUUGUCAGUGCUCCAUCUUACUCAUUUCUUGGUACCUUUCAACGGGGUAAUCCUUCCUAAUCCUAAUACAACAUUUCAGUGCGUUCUUGUUUCUCAUUUCUUGGUACCUGUCAGUGUUUUCGUUGUUUUUGUUUUUAAAUUGCAAUAUAUUGUCUAUUUGAAUUAGUUAAUGUGUGCAUUUUAAGAUUCAUGAAAUAUUGAAUAUACAAUGCUUUUAUUACUGUUGAAUGAGAGAAAACAAAGGCAUAUGUUGUAAAACUGUGUCUCAACUACACAUCAGAGUCGGUUUUAUAUAGGCUCUAUGUAAUUAUUACCGAAUAAAUAUAGGAGAUAUUAUUCCUCUUUACAUGCAUCAGUUAUUAAAGUUUCUAGUCUUUUAGCAAUCACCUUAUUAUGUUGGGAUAGUCAUGGUUACAAACUGUGAUGUUGGAUUCAUAAUAUAUUGUUCAGUACCAUCUAUUGCUCUCUUAUAUUUACUUUACUGUGACAAAAAAUGGAAGCUUCCGAUAGAAUUAACAUCAUGUCAUUUUUUGAUUCUGAAAGCAGACAUAUCAAAAUCAACAUAACAAGCAAAUGAGCGCUUGCAAUGGUUCAGUUGCUUUCAAAGACAUCAGAUGAAGUUUAUUGAAUUAAUGCUAUGCUUGAAGCAUUUGACUCUUCAAAUUUUUUUUGACAAACACUCAUGCCGUCAAAAUUACCACCAUGGUGUUAUGGCAUGGAAGAUUCUUUGUAAGCCGACAUAGGCCGCAAUGUAUAUAAUAUAUGUCAUGUUUCUGCCAUAGGCUGUAAAGCCAUGUUCUAUGCAGAUUUUUGGCUAGCCACCGUAAUCUGUCAUUGGUAACAUUACUAACACGACUAAAACAUGAUUUAUUGCAGGAUGCUGUUACUCUCCUGUAUGAUCCAAAAGCAGAGAGAUAUAUGCACUUGAAGUCUUCCUUUUGACAUACCUAAUUGUCAUUUGAUAUUAAGAUAAACUUUUAACUUGUGUGAGUAGUGAAGAAUGUUAUUAAAAAGAUGGUACUAAAAAUUAAAUAGGCAAAUGAGUAGCCAUGAGUAAUUGAAGAAUAAAAACGUGUUUUGGAAAAUGAAUCUAUAACUUCUUUUCUAAUUUCUAGUAAAAGACCAACACCAUUUCCCACUUCAAUCAUUCUUAGCUCCACAUAAUUAGGAAGAGAGGUGGUGAGUAUUACUUCUUUAUAGCAACCACUCGGUUUUCACUAUGUAAUUUUUCAUUCCCCCACUUUACUUAUACUAUACAUUUAAUUUUGGAUAAAAAUAGGAAACUCAAGAAGAAUUUAGGUGUCGUGUAUCUCAUUGUUUGUGCAUUUUUGAAUGAUUUUGCGGUAAACAUUGAAAUGCUUAUCAUCGGCCGCCUAUUGCUUGGGGUUGGUGUAGGAUGUCUGAUACCUUGAAAAUAGUAAGUUGGCAUUGCCUCAACUUCGUAGGGAUAUGCUACUUUCAAUAUCUUUCCAAAUAUAAAACUUGAUUGUAUAAAUAAAAAAGAAAUCAUUUUAAGAUUUUAACUAAAAAAGUAAAGUUCAAUAAAAAUUAAAAGAAUAAAUUUUGGUUAAGACCUUUGCUUUACUUGUUAUCUUGGCCAUUUUGUUAUGUUUUUAAGACCCUUUUACUACUAUUUGUUUGUUUUCCAUUUGUAGGAAUGUGCAUGGAGCCAAGUGAAGGUUUUGUGAUCCAAUAGUGAUGCUUUCAAGCCAUACAAGUCAUACCAAGCGGAAAUAAUCUGAACUAAUAUUUAUUGCCAAUUACUAAUCAUGUGUCCCGGUAUUUGAAUUGAUCUAAAAUAUGUUUUGAUCCGAAGCAUCAGGUUUGAUUGAAUAAGAAGUAUAAUUGAUUUUCUGGAAGCAGAAAAACCUUA